CAUGCUUGAGGGCGCCGAGUUCUACUUUAACGUGGACCAUGGCUACCUGGAAGGCCUGGUGCGAGGGUGCAAGGCCAGCCUCCUGACCCAGCAGGACUACCUCAACCUGGUCCAGUGCGAGACCCUGGAAGCACUUACUUGGCAUUCAAAAACACUGCCAUUUAGAGGAUGCCUGGCAUGGUCUUCUGGAAAUGAUGUUGGAUUUUAAGAGUAAGAAGAUCCAUCUCCUAAUUCGAGCCUUACUACUCUAUAACUCCACCACUCAGCCCUAUUGAGACUCCAUUUCUUCAUCUAUAAUAAAAGGGUAUUAUUGAUGAUUGCCCAUUCCACCUCCCGUACCCAUGAUGUGAAAAUUCAUCUCCAGACCACUGAUUAUGGAAACUUCUUGGCUAAUCAAACAAAUCCUCUUACUGUUUCCAAAAUUGACACGGAGAUGAGGAAAAAGCUAUGCAGAGAAUUUGAAUAUUUCCGGAAUCAUUCCCUGGAACCCCUGAGCACGUUUUUUACAUACAUGACGUGCAGUUACAUGAUAGACAAUGUGAUUCUACUGAUGAACGGUGCAUUGCAAAAAAAACCUGUGAAAGAAAUUCUGGCCAAGUGCCACCCAUUGGGCCGUUUCACGGAAAUGGAAGCAGUCAACAUUGCGGAGACACCUUCUGAUCUCUUUAAAGCCGUUCUGGUGGAAACACCAUUAGCUCCAUUCUUUCAAGACUGUAUGUCUGAAAAUACCCUUGAUGAACUGAAUAUUGAGUUACUGCGCAAUAAACUGUACAAAUCUUACCUCGAGGCAUUCUAUAAAUUCUGUAAGAAUCAUGGUGAUGUCACAGCAGAAAUCAUGUGUCCUAUUCUUGAGUUUGAGGCUGACAGACGUGCUUUUAUCAUCACUCUUAACUCCUUUGGCACUGAACUGAGCAAAGACGACCGGGAGACCCUCUACCCGACCUGUGGCAAGCUCUACCCUGAAGGGUUGCGCCUUUUGGCUCAAGCAGAAGACUUUGAUCAGAUGAGGAGAGUAGCAGACCAUUAUGGAGUGUACAAGCCUUUGUUUGAGGCUGUGGGUGAUGGCAGUGGAGGAAAGACAUUGGAGGAUGUGUUUUAUGAGCGUGAGGUACAAAUGAACGUGCUGGCAUUCAACAGGCAAUUCCACUAUGGUGUGUUUUACGCAUACACAAAGCUGAAGGAACAAGAAAUGAGAAAUAUUGUGUGGAUAGCAGAAUGCAUUUCACAAAGACAUCGAACCAAAAUUAACAGUUACAUUCCAAUUUUAUAACCCAAUGUGGGGCCUCCAAUGCAGAACAUCUUAAAUAUUAAGAAGAGCUUCCAAGGAAAAUAAAAAGAAUUGUGUUGUGUUAUCGGGGUUACACAAAAAUAAUUCACAUUGCAGCUUCAUGAGUUGCAGACCCACUAGAAACAUAGUAAACCAACAGAAACAAAGUGAUUCUUUUUUUUUUCCAGCAGCCUUAAAUUUUGUUUCAACAUUUAUGUCUCACUCUUUACCAGACCUUAGACAUUAAUUCUAAUUAUCAACCCUUUGGUACUUUU